CCGGACGCCAAUCUCACAGCCCACCAAUCAGCUUAAUCCGCUUCCGGUUACCACCAAUAGAGCACACACCUGAUCCUGUCUCCUGACCAUCGUCUUUUCCAUGGGUGAGCCAGCGGAGCUCGGGCAUGGCUGGACGCGAGUUCAGCGUGGCCAACAAGGCCGCGCAAAGCCGCAAUCGCAAUCGCAAACGAUAUUGGCGACGUCUCGGCAAGGCCGGCCCGCACCACGCCUAAACACGAGCGCCACCCCUCGUGGCCAUAGCAAUGACGCCCCCAAUGGCCAGGCAGCUGUGUACGUCGACCAGCUCAUAAACCGUCUCCAUUUUCGGGAGCCUAUAGUCCGGAAUUUGUCCAGUCUCCCUGUGAGGAUUACACACCCGACUCUUCAGUCUGUGAAGGAUCGAUGCGUAUGAAUGACGGCGAGAAUUAUACGCCUCCCGAGACUCCAGAGCAGCGCCAUUCACCCACGGCCGACGUCCCUUUGGGACGUUUGUCUCUAGAACACGAUGCAUCAAUGCGCACCACGCCAGGAGCGUAUCGCGGCCGGGGUAUCUUGAACGGAGCGCCGGUGGUC